UGAGGGGCGGGGAGCGGGCGGGGCCCGAGGAGGCCCCGGAGCCCUCCGAGCGGCUGCGGUGGGUGCUGAGGGGCGAUGGGGGGCCGAGGGCUGCUGCCGCUGCCGGUGCUGCUGUUGCUGGGCGCCGCGGGGCUGCUGCUGCGGCCGGCGGAGUCUGCGGAGCCCGCCGAGCCCGUCAGCGCCGAGCGGAGCCUGGUGUGGGGCCCCGGGCUGGAAGCGGGGCUCACCGUGCCCGUGCGGUACUUCUACAUCCAGGCGGUCAGCGCGGCCGGACGCAACUUCUCCCGCUCCCCGCCAGGAAAAACACAGUUUAAAGUGGUAAUUAAAGCACUUUCUCCAAAAGAAGUCACCAGAAUUUACACGCCUCGGCCUUUGGAUAGAAAUGAUGGUACAUUCCUUAUGCGGUAUCGGAUGUACGCAAGUGUCACAAAAGGCUUAAAAAUUGAGAUACUUUAUGGUGAUCAGCAUGUGGCUCAAUCACCUUAUAUUUUGAAAGAACCAGUUUAUCAUGAAUACUGUGACUGUCCUGUAGAAGACCCUGAAGUCUGGCAGGACAUGAUGUCCUGUCCAUCCCAAGAGCCUCAGAUUACAAAAGACUUCAUUUCAUUUCCCACCAUUGACCUGCAGCGAAUGUUUAAGGAAAUCCCAGCAAAGUUCAGCCAAACAAGAGGUGCUAUUGUCCAUUACACUAUCCUGGAUAAUCACAUCUACCGGCGCUCCUUAGGGAAGUACACAGACUUCAAGAUGUUCUCCGAUGAAAUGCUCCUGUCACUGGCCAGGAAGGUUCGUCUUCCUGACGUGGAGUUUUAUCUCAAUGUUGGAGACUGGCCAGUUGAGCAUCGGAAAGCUAAUGACACCCCUGGGCCUGUACCUGUCAUCUCCUGGUGUGGCUCUGUGGAUUCCAGAGAUAUCAUCCUGCCGACGUAUGAUGUAACCCACUCGACUCUGGAAACCCUGCGUGGAGUCACUAAUGAUCUCCUUUCCAUUCAAGGAAAUACAGGCCCCUUCUGGGAAAACAAAACUGAGCGGGCUUUAUUCAGAGGUCGAGACAGCCGAGAAGAACGUCUCCAUCUUGUCAAGUUAUCCAAGGAAAAUCCAGAACUACUAGAUGCUGGAAUAACUGGAUAUUUCUUCUUCAGAGAAAAAGAAAAAGAGCUGGGGAAGGCUCAGCUGAUGGGCUUCUUUGACUUCUUUAAGUACAAAUACCAAGUGAAUGUAGAUGGCACUGUAGCAGCUUACAGGUUUCCAUACCUCCUGCUGGGAGACAGCCUGGUGUUGAAGCAAGAUUCCCAGUACUAUGAACACUUUUAUAUUGGAUUAAAACCUUGGAAACAUUAUGUUCCAGUUAAGAGAAACUUAGAGGACUUGCUAGAGAAAAUAAAAUGGGCUAAGAAAAAUGAUGAGGAAGCAAGAAAAAUUGCUAAAGAAGGACAACUAAUGGCAAGAGAAUUACUUCAGCCUCACAGGUUUUACUGCUACUAUUAUAAAGUGCUCCAGAAAUAUGCCGAACGCCAAGCCAGCAAACCUGAAAUACGGGAUGGAAUGGAACUUGUACCUCAGCCUGAUGACAGGGACUCAGUCUGCAGUUGCCACAGGAAAAAGCCUUUAAGGGAAGAUCUAUAACUGUACUGGAAGGAGAAAAUUACCCACUUAAAAUGCAAGAAUAGGAAUUAAGCUGUGAAAUCUAAGCCUCUUACGCAGUAGCAGGCAUUCUUAGUUAUGUAUUCUUCUUGUAUUUUCAUACCCUUUUUCCUGCUCAUUCUGAUCUACAAUGUUGGUUCUCACAGUUUUGGCUCCAUGACCACCACCAGACAGACACUGAGCCUGCAGUGAGGAGUGUCUGGGGGAUUUGUUUGAUGUACUGCAUCAUCAGGAAGCAGAGCACAGAGCUGCUCAUGUUCCAGAUGGCACCUGUUUACUGAAGUUUUGUGAGGAACUAGUCACCACAAAAGAUCUUGCCAUGAGGCAGUGCAAGUUUUUCUAAAGGAGCAUUUGUGAUACGUUGAAACAGUGUUAUGAUUUCUUCAUAAAGUUUACCUCAAUGUUAGAUCUUUUCUUGUAUAUAAAAAAUUUUUUGAAGUAGACAAAGAAAAUGAAUAUUUGAGAUUUACAGGUAUCAGAUCUGGUCAUGCUUUCAGAUUAUUUUGUGGUUUAUGACGGGUGACAGACAACAUGAUGUAACACCAAUUUUAGAGGGAAAUGGAGAGCAGAGGGAGAGAUUAGAGAAAUAAGUUUAUAAUCAUCAUGGCUGUGAAUCACCAGAAUUAAGUGCUACUUUAAAACAGACUCUGUAGGUAUCACAACCACAGUGCUUUGGGUGCCAAGUCACCACUGUGAAGACCUGUUCCCUGCCUAUGACUGUCUGUAAAUGUAGGCACAGAUCCACAGAAGGACUUGGGAAUUUCAGGCCAUGGAAACACUGGUGUCUUAGUUCAACAAUACCUUUCCACAGUAUUCUGGACUGCGUGAAAUCUGAAAUUUGUUAGCAGAGUUUUAGACCACCUUGGUUUAAUUCUUGUGUAAUAGUCUAGGAGUUAGGAUCCAUGUAAAACAAUUGGGAAGCUGGUUGUCCUUCUUCUUUUAAUUCAAAGCCAUUUUUUCCAGAGAGUGCCUUAGCUCCAGACUGGACAAGAGGUUUUCAGGUCUUCUGCUGAAGUUCAUGUACAGCCAUUAAGCUAACAAUGCAAAAUGCACAAGGGCAGAAGGAUCUGGUCAUACCUUUGUGAUAAAGUCUGCCUUUGGAUGGGGUAGAAGAAGAAUCCUAGUCCUGGACGCAACUCCAAAUACCUCUGUUGAUUUUUACCCAAGUUUGUCCACUUCAAAAUGCAUAAAUAGUCCUGGAAGGAGACACCAAUACCAAGACCAGUGCCCACAUGCACCCAUUUCUGUGUUUUCAUCUUGGCUAAUGCAGCUUGCUUGAGCAGGUCCUGACUCACUACAGUCAAGUAAAAGCUUUCAUGGAUACCAAAUUCUCCCUACACUAAAAAGAAUGGAGUUGUCUUCAAGACAGUGGACUUGUCUGAUUGAUUUGGUUCACAAAAUUUAGUGCUCUACACAUCAUGCAGGCUUCAUUCUUGGUUCUGCACUGGAAAUUACAUAAAAUUUCUGCAUUAGAACAGGAAGAAGGCAGUAUGCUAAGUAUGGAAAGAACUUUGGCUUUCUAAAGAGGUUAAUGCAGCUGUCCAUCAGUAAUUUAUUACAUUAUGCCAGUUAAGAAAAAAAACAUGUAUCAUGUUGCUCUAAACCCAUAAUCCUCUUUGUUCUGAUUCUAACACUCAUAUUUAUAGUGGUUGCAUUUUUAUUUAGCAUGAAAACCAGUCCUAGAACUUCAGGCUAUAAAUAGAUAUGUGUUCAACUCAUCUGACGUAAAAUUUUCUACAUCGAAGUUCAGGAACAGGUUUCCACUGCUGAAGCUGACACUUUAGACUGAGCAUGUGCUCUCCUUUUGUUCCAUGUGUAUGGUCAUUUUUACUGUAUUACAUGAUCUUAUUUUGGGAAACUACCCAUUAUGCCAUGUGCUUUUUAUAUUUACUGGUGUUUGUAGAGGUGGUGCUCUCAGCAGAGGCAAGUAAGCAUAAAAGAUGGUUGAACAACAAAGUUUUCCGCAUAUUUCAAACCAAGAGUCCAAAAGUGAUUCAUUUGUAUUUUUUAAAAUGGAAGAGAAAAGGGGAGUUGUGACACAUACUUCAUGGUUCUUUGGAAAUACCUAUGUAGGAAAACUUGCCUAGCUUGAAACAGAAGUAUUUCAAACUGAAAGAAGAAUCAGAUAAAAUUUAAAUUAUUAAUAUAAAUACAUGUGAAUAUUUUAUCCCUCCUUUCUUUCCUCAUAAAAAGGGAAAGAUACUAUUCUUAAUUCUUCUCUGCCAAAAAAGUCCUUACUGUUGUAAUAAGCAUAAUUUCAAAGCAAAGACUAGUUUGUCAACAGAGUGCCUUACAGAUGCUUUUAUAGCUCACAGACAAGAAAUAUUCUGAAAAAUAUGACUGCACCCAUCUUCUUGCUGUAAUGUAAAAGUUAGUAGAGAGAUGGUGGAACUUUUACUAUAAGUCCAUAGUAAUGUGAGAGAAUCUGGUUCAGUUUAUAACUAUUGCUCUUCCAAAGGUAAAAGAAGGUAAGGCAAAGUCUCUCUUCUUUCCGUUGGUGCUACUGUAUGCAAUUUAAAUUGUAAUGAAGAACAAUCAUAACAAGUGCUCCACCAGGCCAGAAAAGAUGUCAGAUCUAUUUUAAGUUUGCUGAGAGGAUGAUAGCCAUCAGCCUGGUGUGUUACAGGAAAUGCUAAAUAUUGAAUAAAACCUGGUUUUGCAUGUGAAUUGUAAUACAUACAUUAAAUAGAAUUUUUAAAUUGCUUA